AUGACAUCACAGCACACAGAGAUGGCCACGAGCGCCCGCGUGGGAGAGUGCACGGACAGCCGGGCUCAGGACGCUCACAAGUCACACAGCCCCUGCGUGAGGUUCGGAGAAAGGCACGGCAGCAGCCCUGUGGGUGCUAGGAACCUGGGCUGGAUGUCACGGCCUCCUUCACCUCCCCGACAGCUUGUCCUUGCACAAGACAUCGCUUGUCGCAGCAGAGCCUGGGCACUUCUUGGGGUGGGGGAUCCAGGCUGGACCCUUUCACCUACCUCACUGGAUCAUACUGACCCUAAGAUCGCCCACCUGUCCUCAGUCUGCCAGCCGGAUCCUCCAAUAAAGCUGGGACCCUGUCUCCUCAAAGCCAGAGGGUCCCCAAGUCACAGUGUCAAGGAUGGAAGCCUGACCCUAAGGAUUUUGACGCCAGGAGCCCGACCCCUGCUCCCACGGUGA